GUAAACUCUUCAAGAUCAAUUGGGUGUCAAAUCUGUGAAUUAAAUUAUUUGUAAAAAUGGAACAAAGUGAAUCUAUUGUUUUAAAGUUUGGAAAAAUUGUUGGACUUGUCAACUGUUUCUUGAGUAUUGUUGCAUUCUUCCAUAUAGUAAUUCUUCUAGCGUAUGAAGCUAAUGAAAUAUUUACUGAACCAGCCUGGUUUAUCUUUGAGAUUCAUUUUGUGCUAAUGUUUUCAACUUUAUGGGGAUUGUUGUCUUUCUGGUUUUAUUCUGUGAUUUUAAAUAAGCAAAUGCACAAAGGAGUUUGGUUCUUCAUAGUGAUACCACUGAUUGUCCUCAUGUUUGUAGCAAUGAAGCUCUAUUUUAGAACUAUGGAAAUGAUAAUUAAUGAGCGAUUUUACUUCAGGCUUCCAUUUUUUGUCUACUGGAUGAUUUUUCUAUUCGAAAUUGUCUCAUUAUUUGUAAUACUCUUAGUUGGGUUUGAAUUAAAGAACCCAAAAAUAAUUGUGACAUGUGAAAAUUUAGAAUAAAUUUAUCUUAAGUUAAUU